AUGGUGAACAGCGUAGGGCUGCGCGAGGAGGCCAGCGAGGUCGAUGUUGCCUCGGACGGCCCCCACUUUUCGCUCGCACUGUGCACCGAGCACGUCAUGUCGAAGGCCGAGUCGGACCUGAAGGUGAUGUGCGAUGACGCUGUUGGGGCUGUGGUGGAGUCCGACCAGCAGACUUCCUCCGUGGCGGAGACGCUCGUGCCCGCCGAGCGGGAGCCCACGGAGUCCGACGUCGAGCCAGACAUGGUACCACCGUCUGAGCCCGCCUUCAGCAAUGUGGUUUUGGCAGGGUCGGGUCCACGGGUCGUGUGCGGCAGCGCCAGGCAUGCCGAUUGGAUGGCGGAGAUUCUUCUGCCCGCCGCGUGGGAGGCCAAGAAGUCCGACGUCGAUUCGGGCAUGGCGCAGCGGUUCGCUCCCGCCAACACGGAGGCUGUUAAGAAGGUGAGGUGCAAGGCCAAGGCUGUAGCGUCACGUGCUGCUGAUGGCGGGGACUUGCUGCCGGCACCUGAAUGUGUUGAGGAC